AUGAGAAAGUCGGCGGAGCUCCGGAGAGACAGAGAAAGUCUGUGGAGCUCAGGAAAGACAGAGAAAGUCUGUGGAGGUCGGAAGAGACAGAGAAAGUCGGCGGAGCUCGGGAGAGACAGAGAAAGUCUGUGGAGGUCGGAAGAGACAGAAAAAGUCUGUGGAACUCGAGAGACAAGGAGAAAGUCUGUGUGCUUCGAGAGUCAAAGGAGCAGCGAAAGAAGUCUGUGGUGCUCGAGAGAGCAGAGAAAGUCUGUGUGCUCGAGAGACAGGAGAAGUCUGUGGACGGAGACAAUUUUGGAGAAAGUCUGUGGCGACCGGAAGAACGAGGAGAAAAUCCUUGUGGAGCUCGAGGAGACAAGGAGAAAGUCUGUGGAGAUCGGGAGACGAGGAGAAAAGUCUGUGGUCGCGGGAGAAACCCGGAGGAGGGAAAAGCGGGAGCUGAGGGAGACGAGGGAGAAAGGGAGAACGAGUAGAAAGUCUGUGGAGAGCUCGGAGACGAGAGAAAAGUCUGUGGAGAUCGGGAGACACGGAGAAAGUCUGGGAGCUUGGGAGAUCGCACGAGAAAGAAAGUCUGUGGAGAAAUCUUGGGAGACGAGGAGGAGUCUGUGGAGAAAUCGGGAGACGGGAAAAGUAGGCUUGAGAUCGGAGACGAGGAGAAAGUCUGUGGAAAGGAGCUCGAGAGACGAGGAGAAAGUCCUGUGGAAAGGAGCUCGAGAGACGAGGAGAAAGUCUGUGGAGAAAUCGGAGACGAUUGAGAAAGUCUGUGUGGAAAGUCUUGUGAGACGAGGAGAAAGUCUGUGGAGAUCGGGAGAACGAGGAGAAAGUCUUGUGGAGAGGAACCGAGGAGAAAGUCUGUGUGAAGGGAAAUGGGGACGAGGAGGAAAAGUCUGUGGAGUUCGGGAGAGACGGGAAAAGUCUGUGGAACGGAACGAGGAGAAAGUCUGUGGAGCUUCGGAGACGAGGAGAAAAGUCUGUGGAGGCUCGGGAGAGAGAGGAAAAAUCUGUGGAGCUUCGAGAGCGAGGGAGAAAGUCGUGUUGGGAGACGGGAAAGGAGCUUGGGAGCUUGGGAGAGAAAGUCUGUUGGAGCUUUGGAGACGAGGAGAAAGUCUGUGGAGCUUGGGGAGACGAGAGAAGUCUGUGGAGCUUUGUGGGAGACGAGGAGAAAGUCUGCUGGAGCUCUUGUGGAGAGACGAGGAGAAAGUCUGUGGGAGCUUUGGGAGACGAGGAGAAAGUCUGUGUAGCUUGGGGAGACAGAGGGAGAGAGUUUCUGUGAGCUCGGGAGACGAGGAGAAAGUGCUGUCGGAGCUUGGGAGACGAGGAGAAACUUGGAGCCGAGGAGAAAGUCUGUGGAGCUCGGGAGACGAGGAGAAAGUCUGUGGAGCUCGGGAGACGAGGAGAAAGUCUGUGGAGCUCGGGAGACGAGGAGAAAGUCUGUGGAGCUCGGGAGACGAGGAGAAAGUCUGUGGAGCUCGGGAGACGAGGAGAAAGUCUGUGGAGCUUGGGAGACGAGGAGUAAAGUCUUGUGGAGCUCGAGAGACGAGGAGAAAGUCUGUGGGGGGAGCUUUGAACGAGGAGAAAGUCUGUGGAACAGGAGAAAGUCUGUGGAGCUGGGAGACGGAGAAAAGUCUGUGGAGCUCGGGAGACGAGGAGAAAGUCUGUGGAGCUCGAGAGACGAGGAGAAAGUCUGUGGAGCUUGGGAGACGGAGAAAGUCUGGAGCUGGAGACGAGGAGAAAUCUGUGGAGCUUGAGACGAGGAGAAAGUCUGUGGAGCUCGGGAGACGAGGAGAAAGUCUGUGGAGCUCGGGAGACGAGGAGAAAGUCUGUGGAGCUCGGGAGACGAGGAGAAAGUCUGUGGAGCUUGGGAGACGAGGAGAAAGUCUGUGGAGCUUGGGAGACGAGGAGAAAGUCUGUGGAGCUUGGGAGACGAGGAGAAAGUCUGUGGAGCUCGGGAGACGAGGAGAUGAAAGUUCGUCUGUGGAGCUGGGAGGACUAUUGAGAAAAGUCUGUGGAGCGGGAGAGAGAAGUCUGUGGAGCUUGGGAGACGAGGAAAAAGUCGUUGGAGCUCACGAGAUGAGGAGAAAGUCUGUGGAGCUUAGCUAG